UCUGCCUUCCCUCCUUCCUAAGUUAAUUGUAGCGAAGGGUUCAGAUGUCGGUCAUUUUCGCUUUUCAAAGUCAUAUAUGGUAACUACUAGACAUGAGCAUCGGCACUGGUCGUCUACUACCUUGAUAAAGCGCAUGGCUAUGUUUCUGUUGGCCUAAACGAUUCUUUCUGAUCCCGCCACACCUUAUCAUUACUUGUGCAAUAUCUUCGGAGCUGCGGCUAUAUUGACUGCGGUACGUUUCGACGCGGAGAAUCUGAAAGAAGCAACUGGACACAAUCACUCUCAACCGCUACCGAAUCACCAGACACCGGAGUGUUUCACCUCACCCCAUGGAUCGGAGGCCUACGCAAAGUGGUCAUAGCCAUGAUGUUAGUCAUUCGAGGAGUCGCUUCGCUGGGAGGUCGGUUGAGGAAAUAGUCGACAUCCUCACGAAACUGGACCGUGCAAACUCACAGCCCGAUGACAGAGCUCUCGUUCGUGGCACGGAGCCAGAAGGCGCUUCAAGCCCUGGCAGGUAUCGAUAUCGAUAUUCAGGACCCUCUACAGGUAACCUGCAAGAGACUCCUGACAUCGGGAUGGGCUUCAACACGAAGGAUGAUCCGCCUAGGUUGACACACAGAAAUGAAGGGACUGGAAAGUCUAUCCCUCGUUAUCCUGCCCAUCGUUCUCGGCCCGGCUCCCCGUCACGUAGUUGGCCUAAACAUGCAUCAAGGCAAUUACAACAACAGAACAACCAACAACCUACAACAAUCCAGCCCUCAAAUGACCAGUUGAAAAACAAAGUGGUCGAUGCCAUCCACGAUCCUUCCCUCUCAACCAAGGAUAUCACAGUACGAAUUGGUCUUCCCAUCGAACAAGACAUAAGUCUUGAUUUGGAGAGUUUCUGUCGGCUGAGGCGUUUAGGACGCUUUAGCGAAGCCAGGAAAGUUUACGAGUCCAAGCUCGUCCAGCACAGCACUGCUCCAUACAUUCUUGUGCAAUAUGCUGAGAUGCUCGUUGUUUCCGGUAACUACAGAGGAUUCCAUGAACUCAUCUACCCUGAAGAAUCAGCAAGCGCGGCAGAUCACAACCUGGCAAUCAAUUUUGCACUGUUGGAACUGGCCGCACACUCAGAAACGCUCGGAUAUACCGCCCACGCAAUGAAAACCGUCCUGUCAGUUAUAAAUUCCAUGAAGGGAACACAGUUGGUGGGAUCAACAGAGAUCCAAAUGUUCUCGCUUUGCCUUCAAAUAAUGUGUUAUUUGAAACCAGCUGUCCACGAGGACGUUGUAAGCGAAGCUCUCAUUAACGCAAAAACGGUCUUUGAAUGGAAAUCGCUUUAUUCGCGUCUCCUGGGUGAAGCUCGUAUCUGGGACUUCAGGGAUCUUCUCGUCGGCGCAGCCUCCCUAUUUGGAUGGGACGAGACCAGUAUCAUGUUUUUUGGAUCCACACCGUUGGAUCAGGUACUAAACAUGAUCCAUCAAGACUGGCUCCAAACAGGAGAUGACGAGGCGACCGUACUAGGCCUUCUGGACAUAUUUACGUCUCUCAUACUACAUGGUCGCCCUUUAGAUCCCACUCGUCAGCCGUUGCUGUCAUCUUUUGCCGGACAUGCCCGAGUUCUCGCCGAAGUGGCUCAGCAGAACAAUCCGGAUAACAUGAACACCCGACCGUUCAUUCAGUUCAUAUUGGCUAAGACGGUGAUCGAGAUGGUACCAGUACCGAAGCGCCCCGAUGGAGUUACUCUACGAAACUUCAUGGGACUUCUUCUUGACCAAGGAGAUGAAAUACAACUACCAGUUUUCGUCCCUCUCUGGCAUUCUUCCAAGCCAGGGUGGGGGAUGGUUUCAGCUCGUGCGAACCCGGCGCAACGAACUGCUGUUGAGGUGGCCUUAGGAGCAGCAAUGCAAGGAGACGACUUCCAUCUGCAAGCCCUGGCUUUGAAGAUCCUUUGUCUGCAGUCGCAAGACCCGUCCAAUCUAUUGGACGCCCUUCUUACUUUGCAGCUGAAAACCCAAGGCGACCAUGAUGGGUUUCUGCGCACAUGGUUGGCAAAAUAUCUCAUAGCUGAUCAUAGUACCGACCAUGAAGCCUUGCUGGAAACCCUCGCACAGUCCACGAGAUUCGUGGACAGCUCAAAGAGGUACUACAUGGCCAAUCCCUCGUUAGUCUGGGCCAAAGAAGUCAUUAAAGAUCAUCUUUUGGCGAGAGUCAGCGGCCAAGAACUACAUGCUCCAAAUUGGGGAAAUUGGUUCAAUAAACAUGGCCGAAACCUCCCUCAAUAUAUAGUGGACUUCAUCUAUUUUCACUACCACCUUGAGCUUCCUUUGCCAACGCGGGUUUCAUUCGAAGUGUCUGAGGGAAAAAAACGCAAUUCAUGGGAAGGCAAGCAGCCAGAACCUGAUGUGGAUGGCGAUGACGAUUGGGGCUACGACAGUGAAGGAAGUCAUGAUGGUACUGGCUCUAUGGACGAAGAACCUCACGACAAUACACCUGUUAGACGUUCUGUUUAUGCCGAUCGCGUUCGCGCAGCACCGAGAGCCCGGAUUAAUGAACCCUUUCACGAUCACCGCAGGUAUGACCAUAUUCAACGACUUCGAAGUCCCGACAAAAACCGAUCACCCGCUACAAGGCCUCCUCCCGGUCCAGUAAUUCCCCCAGACCUGGUGAUAAGAGCGAGUCCUAGCAAUCGCCGGGGCCGUCGGAGCCUGUCUCCCAGCACUGUGAGAAUCCGGACCCCUUCCCCUGACAAUGUACUUGUUAGAAGGCCAUCAUUUUCUAGUUCAGACCACAGUUGGGGGAGGUUCAUGGUUGGAGGAGAAAGGCAACGUGAGUCUCUUGAAUCCAAAAUCUUUCUUUGGGAGGAUGGAUAUCGCGAAGAACACCCAAGACAAGAUAUAUGUGUUCGAAUGACACAAUGCAAUGAUGAUGAUGAUGACGGCAGCAUGGUCGUCCAUGACGACAAUGCCAAUCACACAAGGACUGCUAGAGAUGACCAUAUAAAAGUCGGCGUUGACCGACUACAGCACAAGGUCAGGUUUGUGGAAUCGGGGCGGCCACAGCUCGGAUCUCAAAGGGUUAAAGAUGAGAGGCCGGAUAACGCAGUGAGGAGCUCCGGUGAUCGAUGCGGUGACAUCGGUUACAGUACACAAGUUCCGAAGUCCGUGAACGUCGAUAAUCACAAAUCCGAGCUCCUUUUCUCAUCCAAGAUCCUCAAGGAUAAUACGGUCACAGUAUCCGUGCGGAACAGAAAAGACCCGGAUAAAGUGGCAAGGUACGAGAUUGAAUCCACAGGUAUUCAGGAUAUAACCUUGGAAGACAAAAUGCCCAUUCCUACGACAGUAUCAGGCCGUCUUAAUCAACGAGACGCCAAGGCUGAGGUGAGAGAACAACAAGCUGUACCUUCUCAACAAGAGAGUACUCCUCCGAGGUCUACUUCCUCAGAGUCUAGUUCCAUAGACCUGGACUCUACUUUGUCGAUGUCUGCUUGGAUGGAAUCACGAACGCUCAACCAAAAUCACGGUUCCAGACCCUCCCAACCUAUUUCAACGUCACACGAUAGCAACACUUUGAAUGACAUUGAGGUAGAGCGGCCGGAGUAUGUAACUACGAAGAAACAGGAUUUGGCCAGGAGUACAGCGAAGUCGCAGAUUCUGCCAGGAGGUCGAUCCAGCACGGUAAGCAGGGCGAGCAAGCGGGCAGAAUCUCCAAAAGGUGAAGAGACGCAGAAUGAGUGGCCGACGGUCGAUGCGGAGGAGCGGCCUGGUUAUACUAAUGAAACCAGCAGCUCUCUUUCUGAAAAGGCCCUGAACGAGUUGAACGCAGAUUCGACCGAACGGCAGCAGAGACCGAGAGACUCGAAUACGAUAGCCGCGAUAGCUUCAAACGAAGAAGCCAGGGGCGUGAACGACGAUACCAAUAACGGCCUGUCGGUGGAAAGCCUUCAAGAAUCGGAGUCUGGUGGUGGCGUUGACGAGGACUUGGCAAAUGUGAGCGGGAUGCACCAGGUUCCGAAACCCCUUUCGCGACGCCCGACGGUCCAAGACGACUCCGACGACGACUUCAUGAUUAGAUGCGCAAAACACGGUGUCCAGCGAUGA